GUAGCACGUAAUAUCUUGCACAGGAAUAACUUCAUAAUCGGCCAUGGAUCCAAAGGCAUCUUCCUCGGCUCCUGCCGCACCAGCGUUGCCGCCAAACGUCACGAUCUUCUCCCCAUCCAAACCCAGCACAGCAAAAGCCCUCCUCAACGGCAACAUCUUUACCCGGCUCACAGCCAAUGCCCAGACCGAACCAUCAAAGCUAGAGGCCGCUCUCAGAGAUGUCUCUAGACCUGAGGUUGAUGACAUAUUCUGCUUCAGCCACCGCAAUGUCGUCUUGAUCUUUGACGGCGAGAAGGGCGGGGAUGAUGCCACAGAUCAGCACCACGAGCACUUCCGCCUCGUCUGCUUGGCGCUUAAGGACGCUGACAUCAGCCUCGAUGUUGCCGGUUGCAUUUUUGAUGCCCCUGAGGUCUUGCAGGCUGGCUUCCAGUUAGAUACGCUAAGCUCAGGGUCUGUUCUGGUCAUCGACUUGAUGGGCGGGGAUGAUGACGAUGAUGAUUCGGACGAGGAUGAUGAGGCAGCCGCUGAGAGGUUGCUUAUGAGUGGAGAUUCGGGCGCAACAAUGUCCUGAGCCGAAAGUCACUGAAUUAUGGAAGACGAGCUUCACGAUUCGGAAGCUGCCGCGACGACAUUAAGAAGAGCAUUUGGUCUAGCAGCUAGCGGAAUCACGAAAGCAGGAACACGCGAAUCUCAGAGGGCAGUUCCCAUUGAGCUUGGCUGCCGAGAUCAACGCCGAAAGUACAGCUCGUACGCCGUUAGCACCGGAAGUUGUCAUCGUCAACUCAGGCAUCUCAGGCAUAUUUCGAGACUGGCAAGCCCAGAAAGAAUGGGAGCUUUUGGGGAAAAGCUGGCAAAGACUUAGACAACCUUUCCGGUGCAGCCUUGAGCGUUAGGCCCAUCGAGACGGACGGACUCAAGUUGAGGUCCAACCGAAGCAUCGAUGAGUGGAUGGACUUUACUAGGUAGACCGAGACUCGAAUUCCGGCCCCAGCACCUAUUAGCCAGGACUUUGGUCGUGCCCUUAAGAUGUUGAGG